CUAUUAUUGCUUUAGAAACAACUAUCUACAGCCACCUGGUGGCUGAGCGCGGUCUGUCCACAGUAUCAGAGUUGAGACCUGCACAGGGACUGGCUCUCCUGCAGCCAUUUUCUGUCCAACCACACGGCCGAACUGAAACGAGAACCAACCAGGGCUUCAUCGCAGAUGGACGGAGACGGAUCAACCACAGAUGCCUCGCAACUUGGCAUAACAGGAGAAUACAUGGCUGGUGGUCACUUUGUUCUCCAAGGCCCGGAUGAUGAAGGCGAUGAGGGACUCGACCAUGAGGAUGGCAAUGGAAGUAAAGACAACCUAAGGGAACAAGACAUUUAUCUCCCCAUCGCUAACGUUGCGCGAAUCAUGAAGAACGCAAUUCCCCAAACAGGAAAAAUAGCAAAGGAUGCCAAGGAGUGUGUACAGGAGUGUGUUAGUGAGUUCAUCAGCUUCAUCACUUCAGAAGCCAGCGAAAGGUGCCACCAGGAGAAGCGCAAGACCAUAAAUGGUGAAGACAUCCUGUUUGCAAUGUCCACAUUGGGUUUCGACAUGUAUGUGGAACCUCUUAAGCUCUACCUGCAGAAGUUCAGAGAGGCUAUGAAAGGAGAAAAAGGUAUAGGUGCUGUAACUGUAUCUGAAGGCAUGGGGGAGGAGCUUACAGAUGACACUUUCACAAAUCAACUACCUGCAGGGAUUAUAACAGCUGAUGGACAGCAGCAAAAUGUUAUGGUUUACACCACUUCAUAUCAGCAGAUCCCAGGUGUGCAACAGCUCCAGUUCUCCUGAAAACUCGCCGUCAUGUGGAAACCAGCUAUCUUUACAAAUCAAACCUCUAUGCUUCCACACACGACACGAGUGAAGGACAUGAAUGGUGGGGUCAAGUUCCUCCUGGACCCUUUUCUUGUGCACUCAUAGGGUCAAAAAGCUGGACUUCUAAGUUGUUUGUUUAGCGUGUUUUUGUGUGUGGUCCGUGUGUUUAUGCACACACAUUUUCAUUUUAAGUGACUUCUGCCGAAUGUUACUUUUUAUUUUCAUCACACAAUUUAUGCAUUUAAAUGGUGUAAGGGUUCUGAGGGGUUUUACGUUAACUCACUAUUCAAGCAAUAAAAAUGAAAAAAUGUGAAUUUUCAACAUUUAAUGGAUAAAGUGGUUUGCUCCUUAUUUUUUGUAGAUAAAAAUACCAUGCUGCAUGUCUUAUUAAUUUAAUUUGAUGUUAACACUUAAAAUAAAAAAUUUUUUGUAAGUAA